AGUGCGCCUCUAAACACGCAUUGGUCUUAGAAUUACAGAACGCAAUACCACCGUAGUUCUGAAAACAUGUUCAAUUUCAAGUGCUAAUUUGUAGAGAACAUAUUAGAGUAUAAUUUUCGUUCGGGUGUAUGUUUAGUUCCGCAACAUCCAUAGGGAUAAGAAUGAGAUUAGUGCAGUUGGGAGCGUUGUUCCUGCUAGCAAUGGUAGCUUGUAGCCGAGAAGCGUGGCAGAAACCCGGCUGUCAUAAAGUUGGCCACACCAGAAAGAUUAGCAUCCCGGACUGUGUAGAAUUUUCAAUCACUACUAAUGCAUGUCGUGGCUUCUGCGAAUCGUUUGCUGUUCCUUCGGCUCCAUUUGCCAUUGGGGCACACAAACCGAACCAACCGGUUACUUCCGUAGGCCAAUGCUGCAACAUUAUGGAAACCGAAGACGUUCAGGUGCGGGUUCUGUGCGUCAACGGAAUUCGCAAUCUGACCUUCAAGUCUGCAACCAACUGUUCGUGUUAUCAUUGUAAAAAGGAUUAGAUGUCUACUUCUGAGUGCAGAAUAAAUACUCCGCACUGUAUGUGAAGCAAAGGAAUGUGAUCACGCUCGUUAUUAUUAAUAUUCAAAUUUAAUCUAUAAUCAUUUACCUCUGAGCCACCCUUACGCAUUAGUGUGAUGACUUUGAAAUCCCUUUGGGAUGAUGAUGGUUACUGUAUAUUAAUGUACAUUUGUAGAUGAAAUAAACAAAUAUAUUUUUACACAAAUGAAGGAGUUCUGUGAGUACGAUAGUUACUGUAUCCUAAUAUCAACAAUAUCGAAAUCGUUAUCAAUGAUUUUUUUUGUUUAAUUCGUUUGCUCAAAUACCCUGAUUUACAUCAAAACCC